CAUUGGCAUAGCUUCCUUGUUAAACUGGACAACUUUCAAUUUGGGACUUCUGCAUCAAGAUUUCCGAAACAUUACAUACACGCAGAGAGAGAGAGAGAGAGAGAGAUGGAUCAUGAGCAGGGCUUCACUAAGUGGGAAGGCUAUGUGGACUGGAGAAACAGGUCAGCCAUUAAAGGAUGUCAUGGUGGAGUUGUUGCUGCCUCCUUUGUAUUGGUGGUGGAAAUUUUGGAGAACUUAGCAUACCUGGCAAAUGCGAGCAAUCUAGUCCUUUAUCUAUCAAAAUUCAUGAGUUUUUCUCCAGCUGCUUCAGCCAACAUAGUUACAAACUUUAUGGGAACUUGUUUCCUCCUUGCUCUACUUGGCGGGUUCUCAUCUGAUUUCUUCUCCACCUAUUACAUCUUUAUCAUAAGUGCAACAAUCGAAUUUAUGGGACUAUUGAUGCUGACAUUGCAAGCUUGCAUACCUUCCCUGAGGCCACCCAUCUGUGCAUCAGUGAACAGAAACACCCCAUGCAAAGAGGUAGGUGGUGGCCACAAAGCAAUGUUGUUUUCUGGCCUCUACCUGGUGGCCUUGGGUGUUGGAGGGAUAAAGGGUUCACUUCCUUCACAUGGAGCAGAGCAAUUCGACGAGAAUUCACCACAAGGAAGGAGGCACAGAUCUACCUUUUUCAAUUAUUACAUCUUCUGCCUUGCUUGUGGAGCAUUGAUUGCAGUGACAUUCGUAGUGUGGGUAGAAGAUAAUAAAGGCUGGCAAUGGGGCUUUGGUAUCUCAACCGUAGCAAUAUUAAGCUCAAUUGCCAUUUUCCUCCUCGGAUCUAGGACUUACAGGAUCAAAGUUCCCACAGGAAGCCCAAUUACAACCAUUUUCAAGGUUCUUGUGGAAGCAUUUUCCAACUCUCUCUUUCCUAAGAAUUCUAUUGGUAAUGUGUUAGACACGAGGGAAACUCCCCAAAACACAACUGAGAUUAGUGAGGGGGAAGAAGUACAUGGAGAACGAACGGCAGAAAUUCAAACUGAAAUGAAGGACCUCAAGUUCAUUGGUAGAGCAACAGCGAAAAACGCAGCCUACCCAUCACUGCACUGCACAGCCAAACAAGUACAAGAUGUGAAAGUAGUCGUCCAGGUCGUGCCAAUAUUUAUGUCAACCAUUAUGCUGAACUGUUGCCUGGCUCAGCUUUCCACAUUUUCUGUACAACAAGCAGCCACCAUGAACACAUAUAUUGGUGCUCUAAAAGUCCCACCAGCUUCUCUUCCAGUAUUUCCAGUCAUAUUCACCAUGAUACUGGCACCAGUAUAUAACCAUAUUAUAAUCCCCUUCGCCAGGGCAGUGACAAAGAGUGAAAUGGGCAUUACUCAUCUACAACGAAUCGGAACCGGGCUAUUCCUAUCAAUUGUAGCCAUGGCUGUUGCAGCUUUGGUGGAGAUGAAGCGGAAAAGAGUGGCUGAACAAUCUGGAUUAAUGAAUUCGACUGAACCACUGCCUAUCACAUUUCUUUGGGUGGCAUUGCAAUAUCUGUUCUUGGGAUCAGCUGAUCUCUUCAGCUUAGCUGGCUUGAUGGAAUUCUUCUUUACAGAGGCCCCCUUAAGCAUGAGGUCAUUGGCAACAGCACUCUCUUGGGCAUCACUAGCCAUGGGUUAUUACCUCAGCUCAGUGAUCGUAUCAAUAGUAAACCGUAUAACUGGUAGGUUUCAGCGAAAACCAUGGCUCUACGGUAGUAAUUUGAAUCAUUAUCACCUCGAAAGGUUCUAUUGGCUAAUGUGCAUAUUAAGUGGACUAAAUUUCUUACACUAUCUCCUAUGGGCCACUCGCUACAAGUACAGGUCAACAAAGCCUGAUGACAAGAGAGCCCAAGAUGAUAUAACACCAUCAGAAGCCUAAUUGUAGUUGCUCAUAUAUGUGAUUUUCAAAUGCUAAAGACAUUAUUUGCCAUCUAUCCAAAUUGUCAUAUUUUAAGUUUAUAGCUAAAAGAUGGAGCACUCCCUCAGGUGUUUUGGUAGCUUUCUAAAUGCCAGUGACUAUGUAUUACUAAUCGAAAAUGUUAUUACACUAUUUUCUAUUUGCUCCGUAAUAUCUAGCACAUGUAAUUUUCGUCACACACAGGAUAGUUAUC